UGAGACGUCCUCUGAUUGGUCCGUCGGCAAACACGGACAGCUGCAGUGUUCGCAUGCCUCCGCCAGUCCGCUAGUGGCGUUUUCGGGUCCUGUGUUGGGUGACAGACCUGCUUCCCCGUUUCCUGCUUCCGGGUGCAGAGCCGUGAGGCUGGGAGCCGGGAGCAGCCAUGCCCUUUCUCCAUGGUUUCCGCAGGAUCACCUACGAAUACCAGUCGCUGGUGGACGCAGUCCUCCGCGUGCUGAGGCUGGAGGAGGGCCGGGAAUCUCGGGACAGUGACCCUGCCCCCGCGGACGGCCCGGCCCCCCGAGACGCCCUGACGGCGCUGCUGGAGAGCGAGGCCCAGUCGGCGGUGUUCAAGGAAGGGGUCAGCUGCGCGCUCUUCAAGGUGGCCGAGACGGGGCUGGUCAGCGCCGCCGAGAUCCUCCUGCAGUACGGAGCUGACCUCAACUUCGAAGAUCCUGUCAAUUACUACAACCCUCUGCAUAUCGCGGUGUUGAGGAACCAGCCCAGGAUGGUGGAGCUGCUGGCUGGGCACGGAGCCGACAUCAACAAGAGGGACCGGAUCCACGAGAGCAGCCCGCUGGACCUGGCCAGCGAGGAGGGGGAGCGGCUGUCCUGCCUGCGCGUCCUGCUGGACCUGGGGGCCGACGUCAACGCCAAGGACAAGAACGGCAAGACGGCCCUCAUCCACGCGCUGGCCAGCAGCGAUGGCGUCACCGUGUGCAACACUGACAGCAUCCGGCUGCUGCUGGAGAGAGGCGCGGACGUGGGCGCCACCACGCAGGAGGGCGAGACGGUGCUGUCACAGCUGGUGUUCCUGGUGUCGGAGGCGCUGGAGGGGACGGCGGAGGACGCGGCCGCCAUCGGGGACUUCUGCCUGGAGGCGGCCCGCCUGCUGCUGGCCCACGGGGCGGACCCCAGCCGCUGCCUGUCCCACAGCGAGGAGGAGGGGGCCCGGGAGGAGGAAGAGGAGGAGGUUUGGGCCUACGAGCCCUCGCUGACCCAGGUCUGCCUGGAGCAUUUCGAUCUGCUCUACCCGCUGGCCGUGCUGCUGCUGCAGAGCGGCGCCGCCUUCCACUGCUCCCGGCACGGCGCCACCUGCUGGACGGGCUACUGCCCGACCUUCAACCGGCUGUGCGAGGCGCUGCGGCAGAGCGACCGGGACGCGGCCUCCACCCUGCUGGCCAAGGCCGAGUACCUGCUGGAGCUGGCCACGGCCUCCUCCCCCGCCCCCGCGCUGCCCCCCGGCUUCGAGGUCUGCGUGUCCUCCUACGUCCCCCGCGCCGAGGAGGUGCUGGGCCUGUACCGCCGCCUGCGGGAGCGCCGCGCCGCGCCGGCCGCGCUGCAGCAGCUCUGCCGGGCUCGGAUCCGCUGCCUCCUGCAGCCCUGGCCCCUGGAGCGCAAGGUGCAGGCCCUGCCCCUGCCCGACAGGCUGAAGGAGUACCUGCUGCCCGAGCGCAAGUACGCCCCCCGGCCCGGCCAGGACAGCUUCAGGCCCUGCCUCACCCUGCGCUGACCGCCGGGAGGGGGGGGGGGUCAGCCUGCAGGACGGACUGAAGACCCAGGCCUCACCGUUCUCCCCCGCAGUGCUGACCGCUCGGGGAGAGGCCGGCCGUGAGCGUGAGUACUGGAGCUACACCGACUCGCCGUCGGAGGCGUCUUCACUCGGCCGAGGGGGGGGGGAAGCUGAGGACCUCCGAUCUGCAGGAGGGUCCUGGUUCGCCGUUUCUCCUCAUGGCGUCAGGAGCAGCAAGCUCGCAGGCACAGGACAGGAUCGGGCCCUGGUUUUACAGGGGGACGCUGCUGGUGUUGGGGAGGGUUACUCUGGCCCCCCCGAGUUUCACAUUAUCUCACACAGGGAGUUGAAUAAACAGGGAGCCUGUGACUCUG